CCAACCUGCUCAUCUCUCAGCUGGACAGUAAGGGCCAUUCACACCACACACUGACAACAUGCUGGGAACACUCUGCACUCUCAUCGCUGUGCUCUCAUGUGUCAGUGGGCAGAAGGUUUUGACACAGAAACCCUCAAUGCUGAGUCUGACAAAAGGACAGAAGGCCACUUUGGACUGCAAUAUUGCCCGACAUGAAAAUUAUGUUUCUUGGUACAAGGAGGUUCCAGGCAGUGCUCCACAGUAUAUACUGUAUUUCUACUACUCUCACGGCUCUCCUACAUAUGGAGCUGGUUUCUCCUCCCCCCGCUUCACCUCCACCACCCAGAGUAACACAGACUAUCAGUUAAUAAUUAGCAAUGUGGAGGCAGGAGACUCAGCAGUGUAUUACUGUGGGACAUGGGACAGCACAGCUAAUGCAGGCGUAUUCGGCCAAGGCACUAAGCUGAUUGUCACUGACUCUACUCUUGCCGCGCCUACACUCUCUCUCCUGCCUCCGUCCAGCGAGGAGCUGAACACAGACAAAGCCACGCUGGUGUGCCUGGCGCAGAUGUCCAUUGGGUUCGCAGAUGUCAGCUGGACAUCGGGGGGGAAAGCCGUUACUGGCGGUGUUUUUACCAGCACCGCCGAACAGAAAUCCGACAAAAACUUCGGUUUGAGCAGCUUCUUAACCAUCAAGCCCUCCGAAUGGACUAGUGACCGCAUCUUUACAUGUCAAGUAUCUGUCGGGUCUAGAAUUUCAGAGAAAAGUAUCAAAAUGUCUGAUUGCAGUGAGUAAACUUUGUACCUUCACGUAUCAAACCUUUGAUCGUGCUUUUGUCGCAAUACAUUUGCAAUAGGUUAGUCUCGCCAUCGUGUUGCUUUAAUGUCAGUAAAUUGUUAAAAACAACAUUCAUUCGCUUAUGAGAUUACAUAGGUAAUUCCAUGCAUUUUGUUGUGUAUGCUUGAACUGUGCAGAGUUUAAAUAAAAAUAAUUGCAUGUAAUAAAAUA